CUUGACCAAUCAGAAGUUCAGAAUCCCGGGAGCUGCGCGAUCUGUUUUGCUCGUCCGCGUACUGUACCGCUCAACAUUUCUUGAGAAAAUCUUGAGACAGGACAACUAGAAGGCUGAAUAAGGCGAGUCCACCGUUGCCAGGCUUUACGGGUUCGGCCACCCUACCCACGACACCCCACCAUGCCUUUGGUGACGAGGAAUAUAGAGCCGCGGCAUGUGUGUCGCCAGACCAUCCCUUCCAGCAUUCGCAGUGAACUGGAAUGUGUCACCAAUAUCAGCCUGGCUAACAUCAUCCGCCAGCUCGGCAGCCUCAGCAAAUAUGCAGAGGAUGUGUUUGGGGAGCUUUUUGUCCAGGCUGGAGAAUUUGCCGUCAGAGUGCACACACUGGGAGAGAGAGUGGAUCGUCUGCAGGUUAAAGUCACCCAGCUGGACCCCAAAGAAGAAGAGGUUUCUCUGCAGGCCAUCACCACCCGUAAGGCUUUCCGCAGCAGUCUGACCCAGGACCAGCAGCUGUUCACCAGGCCGUCUCUGCCAAUGCCUGUACAAGACACCUACACGACGUGUGAUCCGCCUCCACCGCUCAACCAUCUCAGCCAAUACCGGGAUGAUGGAAAGGAGGCCCUGAAGUUUUACACUGAUCCUUCCUACUUCUUUGACUUGUGGAAGGAGAAGAUGCUGCAGGACACCAAGGACAUCAUGAAAGAGAAACGCAAACACAGAAAGGAGAAGAAAGACCAUCUGAACCAACGGACUCUGAAUCCUCGAAAGAUCAAGACCAGGAGGGAAGAAUGGGAACGGCGUAAGAUGGGAGAGGAGUUUGUCGUACCAAAGAAUGAACUGAUGAAUUCCUCUGAGGGUCUGAAUGGCAGUAUUGGGUCUGGGGAGGGCUUCACUUCUGAUUGCCUUGACCAGAGUACAGGCUCGUAUGCUUACGAUCCCGGCUCCCCUCUGCCUCCGCCUGGUCCCGAUGAUUUCCUGCCUCCUCCACCUCCAGACAUGGCGUACAAUGAUGGACAGUACGGAGCACCAGCUCAGAAGCGUGUCAGCGUGCUGAGUCCGAACCACCCACCUCCGGCUCCCCCCAUGGCUUCUCCUCCGCCCAACUCCCGCCCGAAUCUUGCCCCUCCCCCUGCACCUCCUCCCCCUCCUCCACCCGGUGGUUUUGGGGUUCCCCCACCUCCCCCAGGCUUCGACACCCCACCUUCUCCUCCUCCGCCGUCCUCUUCUCCCACUGCCUAUCCCUCCCCGCCUGCCCCCCCUCCUCCACCCUCUAUGUCCGCUGUUGCUCCUCCACCACCACCUAUGCCCGCAGGUGGUGGUCCACCACCUCCUCCUCCUCCUCCACCGCCCCCUGGUCCUCCUCCACCAUCUUUUAAUAAUUCUGCUCCUCCUCCCGCCGGUGGUGGGUCGGCACCGAGCUCUGGUCCUAAACCUGCACCUGCCCCAGAGCCUGCCGGUGAUGCUCGCAGUGACCUGCUGCAGGCUAUCCGACAAGGUUUCAACCUGCGGAAGGUGGAGGCACAGCGGGAGCAGGAGAAGAGGGAUCACUUUGGCAACGAUGUGGCUGCCAUCCUGUCACGUCGUAUUGCUGUAGAGUGCAGCGACAGCGAGGAUGACUCUUCAGAGUUUGAUGAUGACGAGUGGUCCGAUUGAUCGCCAUCCCUUUUCACCUUCACUACCACCCUUGUGUCUUUCCUCAGCCCUAAACGACGUCUGUGUAUUUCCAUUCAGAUUACAUUCUUCAAGUACAGAUAGACCAGAGGUCAGUGUGUUUUUGUGUGUAAGUCGGUCAGUUUUAGUGUGCGUGCACACAUAUGCGCUUGUGACCUAUUUCAGUUCACAUUCCUUGACCCAUUUAUUUGAAUUUAACCAAAAUUAUCCAUAUCAGAGGUGCAAAAAAUACAAAGAGUGUGAGUGUAUCUGGUUGUGUCCCAGUUUGCCAAUGCUUUCACUGGAUGACACACCACUGUUAGUGAUGCAAGAGUGUUAUGUGAUGUGAAGCACGUCUCUCUGCUGAGUGUGUUCACCUAAACGCAUCUCCUCUUUCUCUUAGUGUCUGUUAGAAUCAGGUCUCCUUCGCUGCAGACUAAGAGCCUGAUUUUAUCUGCUGUAGUGCAUAAUGUCAGUGGAUAAUAGAGAGGAAAUUUGCGCACACAUAAAUCCAACCUCUUCUGCUCACAGUGCUUGUAUGUAUUUAGUUGAAAGACACAAGGUGUUAACUGUAAAACAUUCUUGUUCAUCCAUAGAUUAUGUGAUAUAGAUGUAAAGUUUAAGUUGCAUUUUGAAUUAUAUCUACUGAAGAUAAUGCAAUCACUUUAAAUCCCUUUUACAGCACAGUUUUUAUCACAUUUUUUCUCCCUUUUUGUAUUCAGUCCUCUAUUUUUUCUAUGGUUGUCAUGGGAACAAUCAACUUGUUGUAGCUUAUAAACAAACUCAUGAAUUAAUUAAACAGUGUGAUAGGGGAGAUGUAUGAGCUCAGACACCGAGGGUGUUUGACGAGGUUGCCAUACUAAACAUGCAGAUGUUUAACACAAAUAUUAUGAUUUAUUUUGUAACGUAUUUUAGAUUUGUUAUGUGUUUCUUCCUGCAAUUGUACUUCAAACUUUGCUGGGGUUGAACUAAAUCUGUUGCUUGAGUCACUGUGUUCUGGACAGAAUCAUGCUGCUUUUUGCAUUUUCCUACUUCUUCAUAAGUGCCUUUUUUAUACUACAUUUCAGUGUCUGUGCAGUAAUUUGGUUGGUCACACUGGUCACUAGUCCAAAAAUAUUAACAGCUGUGAUCGAUAAGUCAAACGUCGAACUGAAUGAUGUUUAGUGUGGACCAAAUAUUGUCAAGUGCCUUCUUUUGUUUUAAGUCUGCCUGUGUUGACGCACACACAGCAUGCUUAGCCAAAGUUCUGCUUCUCCUGCUUUAAACUUCCAAAUGAUUAUAGUUAUUAUUUCAAUAAAGAUACUGAAAUUGAAAUUCA